UCUAAGGCAAAAAGAGAAAGACAAACAAACCGAAUCUGGCGUCGGACUUUCGCGUUUAUUGUAUUUUAUUUUGUUUAAUUUUCCCGUUAAAUUAACAGAAUGAUAAAUGAAGACCAAAUACGUGUUAUGAUUAAAUUCAUGGAGCGCCAUGGUGAUCUACGCCGCUCGGGCGAUGUUCGUCAACGGGAGAGGAUAAAGAAGAAGUGGUUGGAAUUGGUAGCAAUCCUUAACAGGAUUGGGGAAAAGAAAUCAUUGAGACAGUGGAGUAAGGUUUGGAGCGAUACUAAAUACAAUACGAUAAAAAAGUACAAAUUAAGUACAAGAGGAGGACCCAAAUUGACAGAGAAUGAAAAUACUAUCAUUCGGGUAAUAAGAAAUCAACCUGGAAGGAAUAGUCAGAGGAUAGCACAAACAAAUGACCAUAGUCCUGUUAAUUUAGAGUUGUCAGUCCCAUCAAUUAACAACAUAUGCAAUUCAUGCGAGAACCCAAUCAAAGAAGAAUUGAGCAGAGAUCAAGACCUACCCAGUCAUGACCUUCCGGAGCCACUCCCCGAACAGGUCUUCUACGUUCUACCAAGAACGGACCAACGAAGAGACUCUUUACUAUCAUCCGCCAGCUCUUCGAAAUCUUUUGCAGCAGAAAGAGAUAGUGAUAAUGCUAGAGCAAGAAGAAGCAGUACGGAUAGCAUAGAGAAAUUGACCGAAAUAGCGGAUAAGUUUUAUGAGUUGGAAAGGGAGAGGGAUAGGCUCGCUCAUGAAAGAGAAAUGGCUAGGAUCAAACAGCAUAGUGAGCUUCUUUCAGUCAUGUCUCGAAUGGUAAACGUGGUGGAAUUAUUGGCGCCAAGUUUAAAGAGAUUUAUGGACAGAAGUGUUAAUGAAGGUGGAUGAUUGUGUCAUUGUUAUAUUAAUGUGAUAGUACAAUAAAUGUGUCUUUUAAAAUUGUUUGUCAAGUUAUAUUUUUUUUUGAAGUACAAUUUAUAAGAAAUUAAGCACAUACAAUUUUGAGAAUAAGUGUUUUUUUUUUUUGUAAAAGUAAAAAGUACGUUGUUCUUAAAAAAUAUGAACAAAAUUGAUGUUCAUUUUUGAAUUGUACCAAAAAACCAAUUGUGUGAUUUAAUUAAAUCCUUCAUUUUCAUUAUCACUACCUAUGUUAAUAAAAUUGGGCUUCGAAUGACUAUUUUUUGUGGGCUCCGUAAUAUAUGUAGAUAGUACUUAAGUAUAUUGUGAGUUACUACAUCUUAGAAACCGAAUAUGUAAUAAUAAAAACAGUGAUGAAUGUUUUUAUGAAACUUUUGUAUAAUUUGUUGAAGAAGUUGACAGUCAAAAAUAUUCCGACGAAUUGAGAACUUCCUUUUUUGACGACGGUUGAAAAUCAAGUUUUAGAAACAUAGCAAUAAACAGAAAGAGAGACUGUCAUUCCGAAUUUAACUAUGUCGAUUUAGUCGUCAAUUUCAAAACUCAAUAUUUUUGCAAAUAAAUCCUGUCUUAAGAAUUAACUCUGACGAGACUACAUUAGUAAAUGAAGUGGACAUUAUAACUAUUUUUAAGAAGUGGGUAAAAUUAUGAGAACUGCAGUAUAUGUAAGUAAAUUUCGUGGCCCGCUUACCUCCUCCGAUAGCCGUGAUCGUCUAGUGGUUAGGACCCUACGUUGUGGCCGUAGUAACCCAGGUUCGAAUCCUGGUCACGGCAGUGUUAAAACGCUAAUGACGGAAGGAGUAUCUACAGUUUUUUUUGUUUUAUAAUGUUAUAUUUGUAA